AUGGCUCCUUUCAAAAGAGCAUUGGUGCCAUCAUGGCUCUUGGUGGUGGCACUCGUCUUGACGGUGAACCUGGGUCGCAGCAAACCGUCGUGUAUUUCAUGUGAAGCAUUGUCGAUCAUGAUGAUAUCUUCAUCAUCGACAAACACAAAGGCCUCCACUGGAAGCUUUGGCUCAGGAUCGUUUGCCGCAUCCAAGAAGCCACCUCCCUACUUGGCCCUGAUAACCCCUCGCAACACUUGCGACAACCAGCAACGCUUGGAAGAUAUUUGCAGUAAGCUCCAAGAGGCACUGGACACGCACCAUGUGGACUUGGUGUCAGUGAGAAUCACCAAGGCUACGGCAAACCCCAAACUGGUGUUGGAGCUCAUUCAAUUUCUGGUACAGCAGAGCAAGAACAACAAGUGUAGCGUCGUCGUCUUGCAAGAUUGGCUUGAUUUGGCAAUUCAAGCCGAGGCUCAAGGGAUUCAUAUCAAAGAAGGGUGCAGAGGCGAAAUCCCCUUGAUUCGACAAAGAUAUCAAGAAGCCAAUUUACCACCACCGUUGAUUGGGAGCACUGCGCAUUCCGUCGAUUCAGCUGUCGAAGCUGCCUCGUUUCGACCGGAUUAUUUGUUUGCAGGGAGCUGCUACUUUUCGGGUGACUCUCAUCCGGAAAAUCUAUAUUAGAAGGACCCUUGCUGCCGGGGUUAGUGGCAAAGGAAGUUGAUGCUGGGUGCCCAGUGUUUGCUAUUGGUGGCAUUGAAAUCAGCAACUGUCAAGAGCCCAUUCUUCAUGGAGCCUCGGGUGCCACGGCUAUUCGGGCAGUGUUUCAAGCCAACAAUGUUGCUGAGAGCGUCAACGAGCUCCACUCCAGUCUGCUAGAAGCCUACAACAAUGGGGUGCAGAGUCACCGCCACAAGCAUCCAUUGCCGGCACAGUAGAUCAGUUACUUCUUUGCGGCCUACCGCACCGGAAUUAGUCGAAGUUCUUUUGUUCGGAGCACUCUACUUCGGCCGACCGGCACGUCACAAUUUAUACAUUUGGUCCCCUCCUUUUCUCGUCCAUGCGCACUAGCUAUCAUAGCUUGAGUAUACACUUUCUUAGGUUCGAUUCAAAACUGAUGCCAAGCUCUCAAGAACUCUAAACUCCUCUCGU